AUGCUUUCCUCCCAAAGCCUCAACGACAUCGACACCCUCCAGGCUGACUUCGAUACCCUCCUCCUCGAGGACGACCUCAGCGACCUCAGCUCCGACGAGAGCCUCGCGUCGCCGCUCUCUCCCGUGUCAUCCAGUCGGCGGAGCAAGGAGCUCGACCUUGCGGAGACCGAGGAGGAGCGACGGGGCCAUGUGCUAGGGAGCAUGCCAAGCAAGCGGAAGCAGCUUGAGGCGUUGGAGCACUGUAUCAGGCUUCUGAGCUCGUCGGAGAGGCCAGUGAUCAUCAGCGCGACGGGGGCGCGGAUACAGAUUUAA